GGCGCGGCUGGAGGUGGUAAGGAAGGCAGCCUUUGUGAAAUACAAUUAAGUCUGAAUAAGUCUUAAUGUAACUGCCAAGUUGAACAACGUCGUAGAAUUCACAAUGGCUGAAGCGAUACAGUCAGACUCCCCUGCGCUAUUUACACAAGUCACUGUAUAUUCUCUCUUGGCAUGCGCUGCGCAGUUUGCUGCAGGAUACCUGUUUGCGCAAAUAUGGGGCAAAAAGUGUUCAGUCACUGACCGAUGGGUUCUUGUGUGGUUGUUCUACGACGCAAUUGUCCACAUCACAUUGGAGGGCCCAUUUGUGUACAUGUCUCUCGUCGGAACUGUGGCGACCUCAGACAACAUCCUUGCUGAAUUGUGGAAGGAAUAUGGGAAAGCAGAUUCACGCUGGCUGCAUUCGGAUCCCACCAUUGUGUCCCUGGAGCUGCUGACAGUGGUGCUGGAUGGCUUUCUGGCUCUGCUGUUGGUUUACGCUAUAGUGAGGGAUAAGCACUACCGGCACUUCAUCCAGAUCACCCUGUGCGUGUGUGAACUUUAUGGGGGUUGGAUGACCUUUUGUCCAGACUGGUUAACGGGAAGCCCCAGCUUGAACACCAGCAACUGGCUCUACCUGUGGGUGUACCUGGUGUUCUUCAACGGGGUGUGGGUAGUGGUGCCAGGCCUCCUGCUCUGGCAGUCUUGGCUUGCUCUCCAGAGUGCCCAUCACCUCAUGGGAGACGACUCCAGGAAGAAGAAGUGACCACUUCAGUCAACUACAUUUCAUUUUUUCCCCCAGACAUCAAAGGUGUUAAGAUGGAAUGAUUGUGGGGACCAUGUUUGAUAAAUGGGAGGACCAGUGAUACAUUUACCAGGCACAUUCCAACAGAUACUUUUCUUAUUGGUGAUGUAUUUUCAAAAUUGGUAUAAACAUGUGAAAAUAAUAUUAUGGGCUGGUAAUCACUUAUACACCAUAACACAUCUUUGCGGACACACACACACACACACACACCUCUUACAUACCAGAACAAUUUUGUU